AAAGGCGAAAGAAUAGUUCGCUAUGUGCUCACUGCAAGGCUGCGUGGGUUUGAAAUGUGGGAUUGCUUGAAAAUUUAAAUGAAAGUUGGUGUUAGCUUCUCAUAAGAUUGCCAAUGUGGUAGAAAUGCUGUACAGGGAAGACAACUUGUUAUUGGGCUUCAUCAUGUUUUGCAAUACCCAGCUUCUAAAUGGGUUUUCAGGUUGGGCCUGCGAAAGCCCACCACAACUUCAACCAUGGGCUUUCCUGCUAAUAAUCAAGUCCAUGUAUCUUUGCCGCCUAUCGCCGGUGACUAAUAAAAUUUCCUUCAAUCGGAUUUCUGAUAAAAAAUCUUCUCCGACGACGCGAAUUUCAGCAAUCCUCACUGCCCAUUACCUGGAUCGUUGUCGCCGACUCCGGCGAAGCAAAAAGGCGGACCCUUGAAGGGAAGUGAUAAGAGAAGUUGGUUCGGUAGCACCUGCUUCUGGUUUUCUGAUUAUUUGGGUAAAUGCUGUUCAGCUUUUCUCCUCCUCCGUUCGCUUCGAAACAUGAUGUAGAACUAGGGCGAAAUUGAUCAAUUCUUCCUGUCACAGUAAAAUCCCAUCAAUUGGAUUAAGCUAUAGCUUUUGCAGCUGGUUAAAGCCUGUGGAGCCUCGCUAGCAUUACUGCUUUCUACUGGUUUUUCUCUCUUGCUCGGCGAGAAAGUUAGCAUUGGUGUGUGCAUAGGCCUAGUCUGUUUCUUGUGCUGGGGGAAGUAACAACGCGAGGCUGUGCAGUUAUGGUUCUUGAUAAAUAUACGUGUUCUUUGUGCUCUCUACAGAAGAAGAAAGUUUGUGUUUUUCUGAGUGUAUAGAGAAUGUCAGUAGAGUCUGACACCAAAUCUUGCUCUAAAAUGUCUGUAUCAUAUAUGUCAACUUCAUGUAGCAUGUCUUUAGUUAUUUUUGUGCCAAACGUCAAACGGGCAUGUCUGAUAUUCUUACUGACAUUUUUUUCUGCUAAGCUUGCUCUAUUUGAAUCGUGGAGCAUCCUUCUCUGGAGAUACCUGUAGGAGAGGGUAAAUGAAAGCUAAAUGGCUGGUUGAUUCGAACUAUGUUGUCACUCCCACUAACAUCUAGGUAAAAAAAAAAUGUUUGCAGAGUGGAGUAGUAUCUGAGAGUCGGAGAAGCUGUUUAAUCUGAUACCAAAAUGGCAGAGAGGCAGGCUAUGGAUCAACAUCAACAGCAGCAACAAGAGCUACAGUCACCCUCUCAGCAGCAGUCUCCUCCAAGGGAAGACAACAUGUUAGCUUGUGUCAUGGCUUUAGAGGCUGCUUUGCUUCCUUGCUUGCCCGCCAGAGAACUCCAAGCCAUUGACCGCUCUCCCCAUCCUUCUCAUCAGAUUGAUGUGGAGAGGUUCUCGAGGGAAUUUAUGGAGGCUGCUAAGAAGCUUCAACUCUAUUUUAUCAACCUCCAACGAGAAGACCAGCCGACUGAAAUAGAAAUGUUGAGAAAGGAAAUAGCUGGUAUGGAGGAAGAGUUGAAGACAAAGGACGAGCUUAUCCAUAAGCAGGAGAAACUGAUCCAAGGAUGGCGGGAAGAACUCAAAGAUCAGUUGGAGAAGCAUAAGAUCGAACUGGAGAGAGUAUAGACAUACUAAUGAAUGAACACUAACAUUUGUAAUGGCUACUGUCAGUCUGGCACUGCUGAAACCGUUUUGUUCUUCUCAUUUAUGGAGCUAGAAGCUUUCAUCUUUUUCUUCGUUCUUUGUACUAGCCACAUUAAGCUGUUUAUUGUAAGCUCCCAAGUUCUUUGUACUAGCCACAUUGGGCUGUUUAAUGUAAGCUCCCAAAUUACUACUUUGCCUAAUUAAUCUCAGCUGCUAAUAUAAUUUAGAUUGAUUU